UGGAGGGGGACGAAAGAUCGGUCUAACUGGAUUCCUGGAUCCUUGCCGGAGCUCCCUCAGGGUCUCAUGAAAGCUAUGAACUCUUUACCCAGAAAAGUACAGGAAUGCAUGCUAACUCAGAAAAUGUGCAUAUGAGUUUGGCAUCACAGACCCAUUGAAGACCAACCAUGACAGUUGGUAACUCCAUGAUUUGUGUGUAUUUGUUUUAAGCAAGUUGCAAAUACGGUUAGCCAGUCUGGCCAGAGCUGUCCCACCUCCCCACUUGCUGCUGCCUGGCUUGGUCUGAUGUCUUAGCACUGGAGUGCGCGUAAAGUUUCAUGUUUACAGGACUGUGAGCUCUUGGUGCCUUCCCCCAUCCAAAGCUGAGUUUCCUUGGUGAUCUGGUCAUUUCCUCCCAGCUGGCCAGCCAGUGUCUCCCUUGCAAGUAACAGCCUGGGGCAGGGCAACUCUUAACACAAUGUGAAAGUGAAAUGCAACUGUGGUCAGAACCCAGCAAAACUUAAAGUAAUCAAGAGACACUGCAGAAAGACCUCUGUAGAUAAUCAACCACAUACAGCCUUUGCUCUUUGACCUUGCAAAAACCUUGCAGCUGUGUAAAGAUCUGUUGUCACUGCAAUCAAGGGAGCAAAUGAAUUCUUUAUGACCAAAAGUUUCCUAAAGCUUUGCAUAAUCCCUGCCUCCCACCCCACCCUGUCCCCAGGCAAGGACUUACCUGUUUUCUGUCAAUAUUGAUUUGUUGUGCUUUCUAGAAUUUUAAUACAGUGUGGAUUCUCUGUUGUUUGGCUUCUCUCCCUUGUGGUAAUCAUUCUGAGAAUUCAUCAAUAGUUGAUUUCUAAGGCUGAGCAGUACUCUACUUUUUUAAAAUAAAGAUUGUAUUUAUUUGUUUGAGAUGCAGAGUUACAGACAGAGAGAGGGAGAGACAGAGAGAGGUGUCUUCCAUCUGCUGGUUCACUCCCCAAAUGGCUGCAAUGGCUGGAGCUGUGCCGAUCCAAAGUCAGGAGCCAGGAGCUUCUUCUGGGUCUCUCACAUGGGUGCAGGAGCCCAAGCACUUUGGCCAUCCUCUGCUGCCUUCCCAAGCACAUCAGCAUGGAGCUGGAUGGAAAGUGGAGAUGCCAGGCCCUGAACUGGUGCCCAUAUGGGAUAUGGGACGCCGGCGCUGCAGGCUGGGGCUUCGACCCGUUGCGCCACAGUGCUGGCCCCGAGUAGUGUUCUGUUGCAUGGCUAUCCCACCAUUUACCCCUAUGCUUGUCAACAGACACUUGGGGCUAUUGUGGGCAGUCACAUGCAUAUAGGUUUUUAUGUGUGCAUCUGUUUUCCUUUCUCUUGGGUAGAAAACAGCUAGGAGAGAAGUUGCUGGGUCAUAUGGUUUGGUAUGUGUUUCACCUUUUAAGUAACUGCUAAGCCAUUUUCCAAAGUGGUUGUAGUAUUUUACGUUUCCGCCAGUGGCGGUGGAGAGUUCCAGGUCCUCUAUAGCCUCAGCAACACUUGGUGGUGAGUCUUUUUAAUUUUCCUCGUUCCAAUAGGGACAUGGUGGUUCACUCCCCAAAUGACUGCCAACAACCAGAAAUCGUUCAGGCCCUACUGAGGAGCCAGGAGCUUCAUCCAGGUCUCACAUGUGGGUGCAAGGGCCCAAGUACUUGGGCUGUUUUCCACUGCUUUUCCAGGUGCUUUAGCAGGGAGUUGGAUUGGAAUUAGAGCGGCAGGGACUCAACCAGCGCCCUUGUGGGACGCUUAUAUGGCAGGCAGCGGCUUUCCCACUAUGCCACAAUGCUAGCCCCGCAUUUGUUUUUAAGAGAUUAUCCAUAUGACUUGUUUUUACACCAUUUGAACAUCACUUGUCUAUGUGUGUAUGGGUUAGUUGCAGGAUGCAAGGCAUCAAUACACGAAAACCAAUUGUGUUUCUGUACAUUUGCAAUAAAAGGUUGGAAAUUGAAACAGUAGUAGCAUUGAAAAGCAUUAAGUUCUCAAGGAUAAAUCUGCAGGCGAUUUGGUCAAAAACUCCCAGAGAAGACUGUAAUUUGUCCGUAGUGAAUAUCAUGAUCCUUUGUUUGGGUUUGGUUUUGUUGCAUCGGGUAUUAGCGCACUUGGGAAUGUUUGCACAAUCAUUUUUUUUUUGAAACUGUUUUUCAGAACUCUGAGAGGCUUUGGUUUUUGUUUCAAAUCCAUCAUAUGUAGUUAUUACCACUAUUGUGUUGCUCUGAUAGCAACAAAGUGGUAGAACUCUAAAUGUACAAAAUAGGAGAUUUGUUGCAAUAAACCUAAAUGUUCAACAUUGAAGACCGUAUUAAAAAAAGGGAGUUGCUUUCACAUAGUUUGCAUUGUAUGAUUCAGUGUCUUUAAAUUUUGUGUUUAUUUGAAAGGGAGAGAGAGAAAUCUUCUAUCUGCUGAUUCAUUCCCCAAAUGCCCACAACAUCCAGGAAUGGGCCAGGCCGAAGCUGGAUGCCAAGAACUCAAUCCAGUUGUCCCACUUAGUUGCAGCAACGCAGGUACUUGAGCUGUCACCUGCUGCCUCUAGGGUACACAUUUGUCGGAAGGUACAAUUGGGAGUAGAGCCAGGACUCAAGGCCAGGCACUGCAGUAUCUGGUGUGGACAUCCCAAGUGGUGUCAUAACCACGACACCAGACACUCACCCCUGACCUGAUUUUUAUUAGAAGAUCUAGAAGUAUUUGUCACAGAAUAGGAAGAUUUUUUUUUUUUUUGACAGGCAUAGUGGAUAGUGAGAGAGAGACAGAGAGACAGAGAGACAGAGAGAAAGGUCUUCCUUUUUGCCAUUGGUUCACCCUCCAAUGGCCACCACAGCUGGAGCGCUGCGGCUGGCGCAUCGCGCUGAUCCGAAGCCAGGAGCCAGGUGCUUAUCCUGGUCUCCCAUGCGGUGCAGGGCCCAAGCACUUGGGCCAUCCUCCACUGCACUCCUUGGCCACAGCAGAGAGCUGGACUGGAAGAGGGGCAACCGGGACAGAAUCCAGCGCCCUGACCGAGACUAGAACCCGGGGUGCCGGCGCCGCAGGAGUGAGCCGCGGCACCAGCCAAUAGGAAGAUAUUAUGUAUUGGUUCUGUGUGUGUAUAUAUGAAGUUUUUGGCUUUUCUUAGUUUUCAGUCAAAAUUUCAAUUUUUUAUAAAAGGAAAAGUAAGGAAGACUACAAAGAAAUAACCAUAAAGCUCUAGAAUUUUAGAGACUUUUCUAAUUACCUCUCUGGUAACAUUUUCAUAAGUUUAUACAUUUUGCAAAUUGAACAAGACAGUGUUCUGUACGCCACUACAUAUAACAUUUGUGCAUAUCCUAUAUACAUUCUGUAAUCAUUAUGAUUCUUUAUUGUUGGAACUGUGGCUAGAUUUCAGUGAUCUCACAAGUGUUGGAUAUUUAGAGUGUCUCAAUAGGUUUGAAGUUCUGAGCAGCACAAAGUAGGAAUAACUGGAUGAAAAUGAGCUACAUAUGGGCCGGCACUGCAGCUCACUAGGCUAAUUCUCCACCUGCGGCACCGGCACACCGGGUUCUAGUCCCGGUCGGGGCGCCGGAUCCUGUCCGGAUCGCUCCUGUUCCAGGCCAGCUUUCUGCUGUGGUCCAGGAGUACAGUGGAGGAUGGCCCCACUCCUUGGGCCCUGCACCCCAUGGGAGACCAGGAUAAGUACUUGGCUCCUGCCUUCGGAUCAGCGCACCGGCCAUAGCAGCCAGUAGGGGGUGAACCAACGGAAGGAAGACCUUUCUCUCUGUCUCUCUCUCUAACUGUCCACUCUGCCUGUCAAAAGAAAGAAAGAAAGAAAAUGAGCUACAUAGAGCAAAAAAAGUUGAGGAGAAACCCCUUUAUGUCUAAAAACGUUUCUGGGGUUAUUCAUUUCCAAUCAAAUCAUCAUUUCAGCUAACUUGCUUUGGACCAAAUAACUUCUUGGUAAGUUGAUUUUAUCAAACUGAAUGAGUAAACAUAAAAUGCUCUCAGUUACUCACUACACAUGGUUGAUGUGAUUUGAAUGCUUGGAAAUUUUGGGGAAGACUGACUUCUUGUUGCUGGGGGAGAGGGAACAUCACUCUUUCUUUUAUUUGCUUAGCAAUCUAUACUCACUCAACUCUUCCAGUGCUUUUCCAGUCAUUGUUAUUGGAUGAGCUUUGAUGAAAUUCGCCUUCCACACAGGAGGCAGGUUGGAAAGCAGAGUUAUGUGCCUGAGGAAGGAAGAACCGAGUUGAUGAGUUUGGGCAGUGAGCCUGGUGCAGUUUGUACUUACAGCAAAUGCCAAAAGUAAGAGUGCUUUCUUGGCUGGCAUUGCAGCUGGAAAAUAAGGAAGGAGAAAGGAUUAAUGGGAGUGCAGACGCCUUGGCCCUUUGGAUGUCCGCUCCACACUGAGUUUCUCAGGGUAGGAACCACAUCUCGCACUCCUUUGGAUCCCACUGCACUUAGCACGUUGCCGGCGUCUGAAUGGUAGACUACAUGGAAGAAGGUGUUGGAAAGGACUCUGACUGCUUAAAAGAGUUGGAGAGGCAUGCUAACCAGAAGACUUUUAAAUUUUGGAUGUGAGACUAGGCCAGGGCCCUUCGCUUGUAUUAAAUUCUCAUAGACUGACCUGAUAGACAAAAAAGAUACACAGGUUCUGGGAAGGAGAGUGAUUGUUAGGGCUUGCUGUAUAUGGUUUUAUUUGUUUAAUUUUUGUUGUUGCUGCCUAAUUUCAAAAAGCCAAAAACUUUGACUCCAGUUUUUGUUACUGCAUCCAUUCCAACCUAUGUAUGCAUAAGCCACUAAUGUCAGAAAUGUCACUACUGUCAUACCUAUUGUAUGUGGAUCUUACAGCUGUGAGAGUAUCAUAGAACUGCAAAAUAUAUGCAGCACCUUCAAGAGGCAUGGAAUAUUAUAAACAAAGUGAGACUACUUACCUUGACUAACUGGGGAACAAUGUUGUGAGAGUAUUAUACACAAACUGUAAAUGAAGUAUCAGGUGGCGGCGCGGAGCACCCUGGGAUAGGGAGCGAUCUCUGAGCGAGGCAGCAAGAUGGACGCGGGAUUCUUCCGCGGAACAAGUGCGGAACAGGAUAAUCGGUUCAGGAAGAAACAGAAGAAACUACCGAAGCAGGUGAAGUUUGCAGAAUGCCUAGAAAAAAAGGUGGACAUGAGCAAAGUAAAUUUGGAAGUUAUAAAGCCUUGGAUAACAAAACGAGUAACGGAAAUCCUUGGGUUUGAAGAUGAUGUUGUGAUUGAGUUUAUAUUCAACCAGCUGGAAGUGAAGAAUCCAGACUCUAAAAUGAUGCAAAUCAACCCGACUGGGUUUUUGAAUGGAAAAAAUGCUAGAGAAUUUAUGGGAGAACUGUGGCCUCUGCUGUUAAGUGCACAAGAAAACAUCGCUGGAAUCCCCUCUGCUUUCCUGGAACUGAAGAAAGAAGAAAUAAAACAAGGACAGAUUGAGCAAGAAAAAUUGGCAUCUAUGAAAAAGCAAGAUGAAGUCAAAGAUAAGAGGGAUAAGGAAGACAAAGAAAGCAGCAGAGAAAAAAGUGAACGGUCUCGAAGCCCGAGAAGAACCAAGAGCCGGAGUCCUUCCCCCGCGCCAGAAACGAAGGAAAGAACUCCCGAGCUCCCGGAUCCCUCAGUGCAGGAGGCAACUUCGACUAGUGACAUCCUAAAAGUUCCCAAGCCUGAACCUGUACCAGAACCUAAAGAACCUUCUCCAGAAAAAAAUUCCAAAAAGGAAAAGGAGAAGACCAGAGCACGAUCUCGGUCACGUUGCAAAUCAAGGUCACGGACGCGGUCUCGCUCUCCUUCUCUCACUCGACCUAGACGGCGCCAUGGAUCCCGAUCAAGAUCACACUCGCCUAGAAGACGGCCAAGCCCAAGCAGGCGCCCAUCCCCUCGGAGAAGAACUCCUCCAAGACGAAUGCCUCCUCCGCCACGGCACAGGAGGAGCAGAUCUCCAGUACGACGAAGACGACGUUCGUCAGCAUCCUUGUCUGGAAGUAGCUCAUCAUCCUCUUCAUCUCCUUCCCGGUCGCCGCCAAAGAAACCUCUUAAGAGGACAUCCAGUCCCCCUCGAAAAACUCGCAGGCUAUCUCCUUCCGCGAGUCCUCCAAGGCGAAGGCACCGGCCAUCCCCUCCAGCAACUCCACCGCCAAAAACUCGCCAUUCCCCGACACCCCAGCAGUCAAACCGUACGAGAAAAAGCCGUGUUUCUGUGUCUCCAGGGAGAACUGCAGGUAAAGUGGCAAAGCAUAAAGGCACUGAGAAAAGAGAAUCCCCUUCACCAGCACCGGAACCUAGAAAAGUAGAAUUAUCUGAAUCAGAAGAAGACAAAGGUGGCAAAAUGGCUGCAGCAGAUUCUGUGCAGCAGAGACGCCAGUAUAGACGACAGAACCAGCAGUCUUCAUCUGACUCUGGCUCCUCUUCCUCCUCAGAAGAUGAGCGACCCAAAAGGUCCCACGUGAAGAAUGGUGAGGUAGGCAGGUGGCGGAGACAUUUCCCUUCCAGGAGUGCCUCUCCCUCGCCACCAAAGCGCCCAGAGACUUCCCCUCGUGGUAGACGGAGGAGAAGUCCCUCACCACCACCCACCAGAAGGGGGCGCUCUCCUUCUCCGCGCAGGUCUCCUACACCACCGCCCCGACGAAGGACUCCUUCUCCACCGCCACGCCGGCGCUCGCCUUCCCCUCGGAGGUACUCCCCUCCCAUACAGAGGAGAUACACCCCUUCUCCACCUCCCUAGAGAAGGACGGCUUCUCCUCCACCCCCUCCAAAACGGAGGGCGUCGCCAUCUCCACCACCAAAGCGGCGAGUCUCGCAUUCUCCACCUCCCAAACCGAGAAGCUCGCCAGUCACCAAGAGACGCUCGCCUUCGUUGUCAUCCAAGCAUAGGAAAGGCUCUUCCCCAAGCCGCUCCACCCGGGAAGCCCGCUCGCCACAGCCAAACAAAGGGCACUCGCCUUCCCCUCGGCCUCGAGUUCCUCAGACCUCCUCCAGCCCUCCACUCGCGCGGAGAGCACCGUCGUCCUCACCCCAAAGAAGGCGGUCUCCAUCUCCAAGUACUAGGCCCAUUAGGAGAGUCUCCCGGACUCCGGAGCCUAAAAAGACUGCCUCUCCAAGCCCACAGUCUGUAAGGAGGGUCUCAUCCUCCCGAUCUGUGUCUGGAUCUCCUGAGCCAGCAGCUAAAAAACCUCCAGCACCUCCGUCCCCUGUCCAGUCUCAGACGCCCUCUACAAACUGGUCACCAGCGGUACCGGUCUAAAAGGCUAAGAGCCCAACACCAAGCCCGUCACCGGCAAGGAAUUCAGAUCAAGAAGGAGGUGGAAAGAAAAAGAAGAAAAGGAAGGACAAGAAACACAUAAAGGAUAAGAAGCACAAGAAGGAGAAGGCGGUGGCAGCGGCGGCUGUCGCGGCUGCUGCUGCCGUCCCUGCAGCUGUCGCUGCUGCCACGACCACCUCAGCACAGGAGGAAGCAGAGGCAGCGCUGGAGCCCAGGAAGGAGACUGAAAGUGAAGCUGAAGAUAACCUUGAUGACCUAGAGAAGCACCUGCGGGAGAAGGCCCUGCGGUCCAUGCGGAAGGCUCAGGUGUCCCCACAGCCCUAGGUGGAAACGUUUCUUAGGAUGUCCAUUUUAGUUUGUACGCAAUUCAAUUUCGAAAUUGCUAACUUGUUUUUGAGCUUUAGACUAUAACAUUUGUUGUAAUAAUUGCUAGGUUGAAGUUCACCAUGUAAAAAAAAAAGGACAUGGAUUUACAUUGCAAAAGGUGUGCACAGUGUAUUAGUGACAUUCUUUCAUUGACAGCUGACAUACAUUCAUUUAGAGUGAAAUAUUUUAAGCCAAAAAAAUCUCCUUUUUAAAAAAGGGGGUUUAAAUAUUGUUGGCAUUCUUAUGGUUCGUUUAAAUGCCCCUGGCUAUUUCCAAAGGGGUUCCUCUCACUCUCUUUUUUUCUUUCUUUUUUUAUUUACCUUUUCUCAUUUGAGUCUCUUACCACCCAUGUAAGUUAUGCUUCCAACCUCAUGGUUUGUAAGCUCGCCCAGAAAUAAGACCACUGUUGAACUACACAUAAGUAUAAGUGAGUAUUUUAAUGCCACAAUCUUUCCUGUUGCCUGUGGAGUCUCUGCUGAAGUGAAUCAGGGUUGGAGCUCUCAGAAGAGACAGCAAAGCCACGUCAUUGCCAGGACACUGUGGGUCUCUGUCCAUGUGGAACAAGUUGAUUUGGAACACUGGAAUUUCAUUCUAUUCUGUUCUGGCGUGUUCUUUUUUUGUUUGUUUGUUUUCUUUCUUGUAAAGGCAAUUAACUAGUCCCAGGAAGGAUCCUUCAGUUAUAUAAAAUUUUGUUUUAUGAAAUGUCAUGGCUCCAUCAUAUUUUUGUCUUGUUCUUCCAAUUGGUAUAUACAGCUUUCAGGCUCUUGUAUUUGGAAGGCUGGAAGGGCCCGGACUUUGAAAUAGUGUCUUGGUUUCACUUUUUUUGUUGUUGUUUAUUUGUUGAUUUUUUUUUUUUUUUGACAGGCAGAGUGGACAG